CACUUUCCGCGAUCAAGUCUCAGAGCUUUCACCGGUCAAGUUCCCUCUCUUUCGCUAUCCAGCCCCCCGAGCCAAGUAAGUUUCCCCUUCCUUCUCUACUUUCCCCGUCAUGUCUUCUCAAAGUGAUAGGAUCUCCUCCUCAGAGGACUGCUCCUCUAAGGACUCCAACUCCUCUUCCUCGACCGGGUCUUCUUCUCUUGACUCUACGCCCGGUCAGGUUCCUCAGUCCUCUAUUCCUGACCCGCAUCCCGUUAAUCAGAUGCCCGGUGAAACUUUUGUGGGGAGGGAUGACCCGGUCGACGACGAACCGGGCCCCUACGACCCUGAGCACGAAACCCGGGAUGCGUGGGAGGAGCGGCUUCAUGCUGCUGGUUACUUUCCGCUUCCCACCUUCUACGUCCUUGACAUCCCUUCCCGUGUAUCCAAAAUCGCCCUGAACAAAAUUCGUAGGAGGCUCCCGGACGGGUAUACCCUCCUGUACGAACCCAACUGGCCCAACAUUGUCGAACCCCACCGGGAGGAUAGGAUAGGGUUCCACACCAUUUCCCUGGAUGCGGGCAUAGUUUUUCCCCUUCGCCCCCUCCUAACUGAAGUAUGCCACGCGUUUGGGAUUUUUCCCGGUCAAAUAACUCCCAACGCCCACCGGUACCUCCAUUCCUUUGUAAAUAUCUGUACCCAUCUGAAAAUCUUCCCUUCUUUGCGUCUUUUCCUUUUUUGCUUCGAAGUCCUAUCGGGCGGAGCUGGCUGCGAAGGCUUUGUAUUCUUCAAAGCCCGCACCGGUAGGAAGUUCAUUUCCGAAGUCCCCCAGAGUAACCAGGGAUGGAAGGAAAAGUUUGUUUUCAUCGAGUUUCCCCCCUUCUUCACUCCUCUGGCCGGUCUGAAAUGGAAUGACCAUCUCCUCGACCAAGAGUAUACUGCACCGGCCUCCUCCCCAGACUUGGAAGCUAGUCUCGAGAUCCUCAUGCGCGGGGAUCCUCAAACCGGGAGGAUCUUCCAUCAAGGCAGCUGGGUUUGGAGGGUAGAUUCGGGUGGUGAGGCUUCUCUUGCAGAUAUGGAGUUUGAGGAGUUCGCCAUCCCUGACGACCAACCAGCCGGGGCGACCGGGGGCUCCCAAGCUAAUCCCGCCAGAACCUUCCCAGUCCACCAAGAGACCGUGGAGAUUUUGGAUGAGGAUGAACCCCAGGACAACCGGUCCAAGGGGAGGGAAAAAGAGAAGACCGGUCGCCGGACCAAGAAGGUGGCCACCAACCAUCCCUCUGCCAUGAACAAGAGGCAGAGGACAGAUCCCGGCGCGGCCUACCAGACCGUGGAUGAGGCCUACAUCAACCUUGGCCUGCGGCUGAGGGAGGUUGGGGAGAUAGGGCCUGUCACCGCCGACCGGUUGGGAAUGGACUCCCCAACUGAGGUGGCCCGGCUGAAGAAGAAGAACGAAGAGCUGGCUCUCCUCCUCAAGAGCCAAACGGAUGAGCUGGCCAAGUUGUCCAAGAUGGCCGGGUCCUUGGGGGCAGAGAACACCCGGCUGAAGGAGGAGAAUGACCGGCUGCUGGACGAGGUCUCUGAGGCAAAAAAAGAGAUGGCGGAGAAGGAAGAAAACUUCCCCGGGCGUGCCGCUGCCUGGGUUGAAGAAAACAAAUCCGAAGUCGCCCGGGUGCUCACGGCGACACCGGAGGCAACCAUGGAAUCCUUCAGGUAUCUCUACCGGGAGCUUGAAGGAAGAAAGAUGAUCACCGCCAUUGGCUCCUUCGGAUUCAAGAGCGGUCAAAAGAAGGACCGGAUCGCCUCUCAUCGGGCACUACUUAAAAGAGACCCAGACUUCAGUGCUGCAUCCUACGGCUUGGCCCCCAUUCCUGAGGAAGAGCCCACUCCCCCUUUCCCUCUUGAGUAAACUCCCCGGCUACGCCCGGUUGUUCUUUGUAAAACUUCAAACUCAUUUCCCCGGGAAUGCCUGGUGUAGUUGUAAACAUUUGACAUUUUUAUUUUAAUUGAAUGCCAUGUUUAAUUUCCAUACCGGUGGAUCUUGCAUAUCUGCUUAAUUGUUGAUUUAUACUUUGCUCUUGCCUCUUAGAAUACCAUCAUAGAAAUUCUGACCGGUAUAUAAAUUAGGCCACUUCUC